AUGCUAGCAGUCCAGGUUAUGCAGAAGUUGUCGGCAAAGCCGGUACGGGAUAGCCCCGAGCUCUUCGCGGCUUGCUUUCGAUGCGGAGCCAGCAACCCACUCCUUAGCCCGUACACGGGCGCGUCGAACAGCCUAGGAUCGUCAUUGUCAAAAAUGUCACGCAGAACCGACGGAGGCGGAAGAGGCCGCCACGACGCACCGUUUCCUUGGGGUGACGCCUGCACGACGUGCCGACACCCCUUCGUGCGCAGUUCCUUCAACUUUGAGUCCUUGCCACUGGUCGAGUUUCAGCCGGACCCCGGGGAGGACGUGGAGGAGGGAGAAAAGCCCGCCAUCGUGGUGGAAAUGUGGCAAUGGCACGAGGCGAAAGAAGGAGAUGCGGACGUAAUGGCCCUCGGAAGCGACGAUGAGGGGGCGGAUGACGACGACUUGGAGGGAAGUUAUGUGCCUGGAGAAGAGCUCUUCAACCGCUGCAUCAACCGCACGCUUGAAGCACAGGAGGAUUCAAACGAGUACAUGGUUGUGGUCGCGUCGGCGAAGUGUCUCCGAGCACUGAAGCGAGAGGACGUGUUCCGCGUCCCACCGGGAACCCGCUCCCCGCGAGCCCGCCUGUACAAGAACAUGAUGCCGGACAUUCCCUUAGCCUUGUCACAGCCGUGCGGCCGAUUUUUCCACGAGGAGGACUUCGAGUUUUCUUACCUCAGGGAGAGUCGGUGCCCGUUUAGUCGGGUGACUGACGUCGGAGACUACGGGAGUUGCUGA